AUGGCGAAGAUGCCUCAAGUUUGCGCGGCACUGGCGCUGGCCACAGCGAUGCUGGCGAGCUCGACGAUGGCGGAGAAGAAAGCCGACGACGAGCUUGUCCUGGGGCUAUUCACUCCUCGUUGCUUCGAGGCGUUUGUCACCCACCACGACUUUGGCCACGUAGAGUGUAUCAAGGCAGUGAUCAGCAAGGGUCUGAGCUACGCGAUCAUCACAGGCAGCCUUAUCCUCAAGCUGCCACAGAUCCUCAAGAUCUUGAGCGCCAAGGACGUCACGGGCCUCACGCCCAGCGCCUUUUACAUGGAAGUGGUGCUUUACCUGUCUAGUACCAUCUACAACGUGCUGCGUGGCUACCCUCUGUCGACAUGGGGCGAGAAUGUGGUGAUCCUAGCGCAGAACAUCAUCCUGGUGCUGCUGCUCUGGUCGUUCUACACGCCCAAAAUCGCUGUGUCCACGCG